UUUUGUGUGAACUGUUUCUUUAAAGUGACUGAAUUAACCUGCAUAUUGUCUCCCUAAUUUGGCAUGCCCAUUUCCCACAUUAUAGUGACCAUGAGGAGGUUAAUCCAAUGUGACUCUACCCACCCUAGCAACCAGGCCAAUUGGUUGCUUAGGAAGCCUGGCUGGAGUCACUCAGCAUGCCCUGGAUUUGAACUUGUGACUCCAGGUGUGGUAGUCAGUGUCUUUACUUGCUGAGCUACGCAGGCCCCCCAACCUGUGUAUGUUUUUAAGGUUCAGAUCAGGUAGAAAUAGCUCUAUGUAAAGCUAAAAACGGCCUAUUUUCACUUUUUAUGGUGUAGACAGGCACUUUAAAACCUUUAGAGUGGAAUCUUGUUUUUUCGUGACCCCAGCCACCCACAUCACUCCAAAAUUAGUGGAAGUGAGACAGUCAAAACAAUAGACAUGUCUGUUCCUCUCUGAUGUAGGACAAGACAGCACUGGUGAUACAGUGAGACAAUCAGUGUGAUCUGGAUGAGCAGUUAUCUGUCAGACAAAAGAGCGAGGAAAAGUGUGUGUGAGAGUGUGUGAGAGAGAGGGAGAGCAGACAGUGCACUGUGUUGUGAAAGUGAAGAUUAACACAAAUACAGUGGAAAGAAGGAGGGGGAGUUGGGAUAAAAUGGAGCAGGAUCUCUCCUCCUCUUUUCUCAUGUCCCCUCCCCCGGUCUGCAGGAGUAGUAGGAGGUUAGCAUGACUGUGAGUGCUGUACUUUAAAACAGCACGGCGGGCAGAGCUUUCACACUCAUUCACACAACUGGGAAAUAACGCAGGACUCAUCCUGAAACUCAGAGCAAAGUUACAGAUCUUUAUGGUUGAUCCCUGUGGAUUCUAUGGAUCUGGGACUUUAAACAAUAUUAAAGAUAUACUAUACAGGGAUAACAACAGCUGUUGGACUCUGGAUAAGGGAACAUAGGGAGGAAGGUGGCAGUACCUGUACUCCAAGCAGAGAUGGACGCAGGCCCAUUGGCGUCAGUGCCCGAGGGCUCUCCAGAAGGGGAGACGGUGUGUGCCGCUUUAGCCCGCUACGAAACCACAUUGCGGGAUGCCGUACGUGAGAUCCACGUGGACGUCAGUGCUUUCAAGCUUGGCAUCGAACGGAGGCUAGAAGAGACCAUUCAUAUGAGUGGACCACUGGGCCGAGCCGUGGCCCAACUGCAGCAGGAGAACCGGCAGCUCAGGGGCCAGUUAGAGGCCCUGACCCGACAGGUGGAGAUGCUGACGGGGUCGGUGUGUGACAGAAGCGCCCUCCUCUCUGGAGAAUCAGCACCACCACAGACCAAUAGCAGCACCACAGGGCACCGGUCACCCCCUUCAUUAAGCAGUGUGACGGCCCCCAGUGUGGCAGCUCUGACAGGUUCUGCCAGCGGCUCAGCCUCCAGCCCCACCACCACACGCUUCUCCAGCAGAGCAACCUUCUCCGUCACCAGCAAAACUAACAGCGUUGAGCGGGAUGAGCCCAUUGAAGUGGAUCCAGCACCGAUCACCCAAGGUUUAGAGAAUGGACACUUGUCUUCAGCAGAAAACUCCACUAUGCCUUUGAGGGGAAACUCACCACCCAAUGGUGUGUCACAGGAACACUCCACCCCAGUAUCUAUGGCAAUGCCACACUUGCCCAUUACAGCAACCACCAAAGUAGCUGACUCUACAGUUAUGAAGAGUCCAGAGUCACCUGGUAGCCCGAUGCAAGCAAUGCCCUCAAUCAUAACAGAUUCACUGACAAACAGUCAGCCAGUCAACAAUGACAAACAACCACAAUUUGAGCCUCCUGCUCAUGCAGUAUCAUCUGUGAAAACAUGGGCUCCAACUCCUAUGAGGACUAUGGGUUCACCACGGUUCAAUGAGAAAGCAUCUUCGGCACCAGCCAAGACAGUGACCUACUCUGGGCUUUACCCACACAAUACAGAUAGGAAUGUGGAUAUGUCAGGAGAUAUAUCAUUUGGUAGAGGCACUGAGCGCAAACGGGAGCUUGUUAGGUCCCAAACUCUACCUCGAAACAUAGGAGCCCAAGCACGCAGGUCAAUUUUUGAGAGAUUGGAUUCUGAGAACAACAGUCGACCCAAGCCUGUGGAUUCCAAACCAAAGCUGAAGCGCUCUCAGAGCUUUGGAGUAUCCAGUGCUAGCAGUAUCAAGCAGAUCCUUCUGGAGUGGUGCAGAUCCAAGACCAUUGGGUACCAGAACACUGACAUUCAAAACUUCUCAUCCAGCUGGAGUGACGGCAUGGCAUUUUGUGCCCUGGUCCACUCGUUCUUCCCCACAGAGUUCGACUACAACAUCCUGUCACCUGCUGAGCGUAAACAUAACUUUGAGUUGGCAUUCAGCACAGCAGAGAAGAAAGCUGGCUGCGACAGGCUAAUUGAGGUGGAGGACAUGAUGGUUAUGGGCAGAAAGCCAGACCCUAUGUGUGUCUUUACAUAUGUCCAGUCUCUAUAUAACCACUUGCGCAAGUUUGAGUGAGGUCUCUGCAAUUUCAGCCUAAUCUGGCAAUGCUGCACUGUCCCCUGCUGGACAAAUUUGAACUCUGCUAUAGUCUCCAUGCUUUGGGGUUGUAAUGUCCUUAAACUGCCAUGCCAUGUUCUGUCAUUUCAAGCAUGAUGUUUCUAUUUUAGCAUUUUAAUUAUGAAAAUGUCAACUAUUUACACAAUACUUUGAGACAGACAUGACUGUGUAUGGCGCGCUCUUUUUUUUAAUUGUUGGCUCUGAUUUAUUUGUUAACAGAGGCAACACAACUUGAAAGAAGUUUCCAAUUAUGGAGCAAUUUUAUAGAUUGUAAAAAUGGAGAUAUAGAAAUCUAUUAGUGUAUUUCAUAUGUAUUUACCAAUUAAAGCUAGAAAGAUAGAAAUAAACAGGAAAUAAGGUAUAGUAUACACUCACUGAGCAUUUUAUUAUAAACACUUUAGUCCUAAUAAAGUGCCUGACGUGGUCUUCUGCUGUUGUAGCCCAUUCGCCUCAAGGUUCGACGUGUUGUGCAUUCUGAGAUGCUAUUCUGCACACUACAGUUGUACAGAGUGGUUAUCUGAGUUACUUGGCCAUUCUCUGUUGACCUCUCUUAUUAACAAAGCAUUUCUGUCCGCAGAACUGCCGCUCACUGGAUGUUUUUUGUUUUUGGUACCACUCUGAGUAAACUCUAGAGACUGUUAUGCAUGAAAAUCCCAGGAGAUCAGCAGUUACAGAAAUACUCAAACCAGCCCAUCUGGCACCAACAAUCAUGCCACGGUCGAAAUCAAUGUGAUCACAUUUUUUUCCCCAUUCUGAAGGUUGAUGUGAACAUUAACUGAAGCUCCUGACCCAUAUCUGCAUGAUUUUAUGCAUUACACUUCUGCCACAUGAUUGGUAAUCACAUGCAUAUGUAGGUGUACAGGUGUUCCUAAUAAAGUGCUCAGUGAGUGUAUAUUUUGUUCUCAGAUAGAUUGGCACAUUUUAUGACUGUUUUGCCAUUUUUUCAAUUUACCUCCAUUUUCAGUGGCAUACAAGCAUGGUUUCACAUGCCAGCAUGAGUUGGAUUGUCACAAGUUUCUGGUUGUCCUUUAUACUGUUUUUGUGCUUUGUCAAAGCUUAAAAUACACAGGUGCAUGUGCACGACAUACAGUGCACAACUAAGUGUGUUUGCGAACAAUUUAAGCACUGGAUCUGCAUUAUUAUUAGAAAUGCUGUAAACCUGGCCACACAUCACCAAGGAGUGUGUCAUAAACAUGAUUUUUUAUUUUCUUUUGAAUGCUUUUGACUCAGCUCUGCUUUUUAGAUUUGCCUUUUUAUUGUUUUGUUUUUUUGUUUGUUUGUUUGUUUUUUUAAAUAACACAUUUAAUUUCCCACAGUACUAUUUGUGAGUCAAUAAUCACAAUAAAUGUCAAAGAACAGUU